AUGGCCGUUGCGCAGAGGCUCCUCGUCAGUAUGUCCUGCGAGGCCGGCACGCCGCAGUGGACGCUGACCGCGGUGCUUCUCCUGGGCUUACUGCUGGGGGUCGUGUCAGCGUACCCUUUACCGAGCAGCAGAACAAAUGCAACUUUACUGGAGAAACGUUGGGAGAGCCUGUUCUCCCGGUCUAUGUUGGGUAUCUCCGGGGAGAAGCCGGACUUGAACUGGGAGAGUGACUAUUUGCUGGGCAUCAAACGUGUGCGGAGGCUCUAUUGCAACGUGGGCAUCGGGUUUCACCUUCAGAUCCUCCCUGACGGAAGGAUAAACGGUGUACAUAAUGAAAACCAGUACAGUUUAAUAGAAAUCUCUACGGUGGAGAGAGGGGUGGUGAGCCUGUAUGGGGUGAAGAGUGGGCUGUUUGUCGCAAUGAACCGCCGCGGGAGGUUAUACGGAACGACAGUCUUCCAUGAUGAGUGCAAGUUCAAGGAGAGCUUGCUCCCAAACAACUACAAUGCCUAUGAGUCUCAAGUUUACAGAGGCUUCUACAUAGCUCUCACCAAGCAUGGCCGGGUCAAGAGGGGCAACAAGGCCACCACCGCCAUGACUGUAACGCACUUCCUACCGCGAAUAUGA